AUGGCUUGCGUUUCUACAGUGACUUGCACCCUGGUGUUCGCAACAUUCGUCACCUGCGUCAGCUCGUCAUUCAUGAUGGGCUAUAAUCUUGGUAUCGUCAAUUUGCCAGCAAAAUAUAUAGAACAAUUUAUGGUGGAAAAGAUGUCAGUUUUGGAUAAGGAAACGUUAUAUGCUCUGGUAAGCGUGGUGUUCAUAGUCGGAGCAGCGAUUGGAGCAUUCAGUUGUGGUUUUCUUGCUGACAAACUUGGAAGAAGAAACAGUCUUCAUAUGAACACCGUAAUUGGUCUACUUGGUGCGAUUCUCUCUGGUAUCUGUGUGAAUAUAAAAAAUGCUGUGGUGCUAUUAGUCGGACGCUUUAUCUCCGGUCUCAACGCUGGGGUGACGAUUGGUGUCGCCUCCAUGUACCUCAUGGAAAUUGCACCCACAAGCACUCGCGGCAUGAUUGGAGCGUGUCACCAGCUGGCGGUCACAAUUGGGAUCUGCCUUUCUUACGUCGUCACGCUCGACUUUCUACUCAAUACAGAAGACCGUUGGGGUUAUGCCAUCUUAAUUGGUGCAAUUCCUUGUGUAACUGGCCUUGUUCUCCUACCUCUGUGUCCUGAAAGCGCUCGUUACUUAUUCUUGAUUAAAAAGGAGGAGGAGCGUGCAAAGGAAGCGUAUAUGAAAGUAUCCGGCGCCGAGAAUGCAAAUGACUUUGUCAAAGAUAUGAAUGAUGAGGCAGCUGCGACGAAAUCGCAACCCGAAUUCAAAGUUUCCUAUCUCUUUACAAAACGGGAGUACAGAAAAGCCACAGCUAUAGCCAUUCUUAUCCAAGUGCUCCAGCAACUCUGUGGCAUCAAUGCAGUGAUUGCUAAUUCAUCGACAAUGCUGGUGACAGCUAAGGUAAAAGAGGACCAGAUGCAGUACUUUGUUGUGGGCCUGGGCAUCCUCAACGUGGUCUUCACCAUCAUCGCACUGCCACUGCUUGAAAGGGCGGGUCGUCGCACCCUACUGCUAUGGCCUACACUGCUGCUCGGCUGCUGUCUGCUCACGCAAUCCAUUAUAGUCACCAUCGGACGCAGCAAACCCGAGGAGGAGCAGGCCCCCUUCGCCAUUGUGGCCGUCAGCAUGGUCUACAUUUACCUAGCUUGCUUUGCAGUUGGUUUGGGUCCCAUUCCAGCCAUGAUCGUCGCAGAGAUCUUCCGUCAGGGACCUCGAACUGCCGCCUACUCCGUCAGCCAGGGUGUUCAGUGGCUGUGCAAUCUCAUGAAAGCAAUGGCUGGCUUCGUCUACCUUCCCUUCCUUGUGGUUGUCGUGAUCUGUUGGUGCUUCUUUUUCUUUGUGAUGCCGGAGACGAAGAAUAAAUCAUUCGAUGAAAUUGCCAAAAUACUCUCCGGUGAACCUCGUAGCAACGCGAAUGGUGGUAACAGCAAUGUCAAUGCCAACUCGAAUUUGACACCGAAGGGCAUUACCCAGGCAGAGGAAGGCAACACUCUGUAA